AGUGACUUAGCCCCUCGCCAGGUUUUAAUGGACGCUCUAUUUUCUCACCAUUCAAACGUUUGGUUGGCAAGAAGAUCAAAAUCCACUCCAAAUUAAACCGACCUUUUGGGUUUUGUUGCUAUCCGUAUUCCACAGGUUAAGAAAAACAGCAGCUAGGGUUUAGGGUUUUAGCAGUACCGCCUUAGGGUUUCAACACUGCCAUGACAGAUUCAAUGGCAGCGAGGAAGCAACAGCUGGAAGAAGCAUUCACAGUUUUAGAAACCCAAAAGACCAUUAUUGAAAAAUGCACGCUCCACUGGAAAGAACUCUCAGACCACUAUGCUUCCCUCGAACAAACCCUCGAUAAAAAAGACCAAGAGUUGGCAGAGAAAGAGAAAUCGCUGGAGCUCAAGUGCAAAGAAGCCGAGGCACUGCUUGAGAAAAGGGAACAAUCGCUCGAUGAGAAAGAACAGAAAUUAAUUACCCGGGUGGGGGAGCAGAAAAAAUGCGCAGUCGAAGCCAUUGAGAAGGGUAAAAGUGACGGAGAAUUGAAAUUCCUGUGUCAAAAGAUGGACGCCGAGGGCGUUUGGAAAUACUUAACGGAGAACAAAAAGGAUAUUCAGACGUUUCGGGCAGAGCUGCCGCCUGCGUUGGAGAGUGCUAUUGAUCCUGCAAGGCUCGUAUUGGAGGCUAUUGAAAGUUUUUACGAUAAAAAUAGCGAGAAUAAUAGUAGUAAGAAGCAACCGGCCCUUGCAGACCAGAGAAGAGCGUGUUCUUUGCUCUUGGAAUCGCUCGUGCCCGUUUUGGCUGAUCCAAUUUUGGGGGAGGAUCAUCCUGUUGUUGCUCAGGUUUUCAAGGAGCGGGCAAAGGCCAUUGCAGAUGAUUGGAAGUCUAAGAUUGAUGUGGAUGGGGACUUGGCCAAUGCCAAGACCUUGGAGGUUCAGGCCUUCUUGCAGCUCUUGGCUACCUUUGGCAUUGCAGCAGAAUUCGACAGGGGUGAUCUGCGCAAGCUUGUUUUAGCAGUGUCAUGGCGCAAACAAAUUGCUAAGCUUUGUGGACCACUUCGUCUGUCAGAAAUAAUGCCAGAUAUUGUAGAGGAAUUGAUUAAUAAGGGAAAAGAAAUUGAGGCUGUAUAUUUUGCAUACUCAUCUGGACUAUCUGAAAAAUUUCCUCCUGUGCCUUUGCUCAAGACAUACCUGAAGAAUUCAAAGAAAGGUUUCAGUGGAAAUAAUUCUGUUGCAGCGAAUGAAGCUAACUCAAAAGAGCUCAAUGCUUUGAGGGCUGUUAUUAAGUGCAUUGAAGAGCUUAAUCUUCAAACUGAUUUUCCUCCUGAUAGCCUUCAAAAUCGUGUUGUUGAGCUGGAGAAGAAAAGGUCAGAAAGGAAAAAAACGGGCGUGGCUGUCAAAUCUCAGAAUAAGCGUCCACGAUCAAGUGGUGGUGGUUCUGGAGCACGUUUUCCUCAAGCUAAAUCUGGAAGGUUUCCUAAAACAUAUGCUUCAGCUAAUGCUUCUGACAGGAGCUUCUAUCAUCGGUCUGCAGUUUCAGCAGGUGGUGUUGCUGCCUAUAAUUUUACUGGGCAGAGCACUUAUGAUAGGUCGAGUCAGCCAGUCUAUGGAUCAUCCUAUGGUGUAAGCCGAAGCCCAGUUUCUCUUUCAAAAACAUACGCAUAUCCAUCAGAUGACAUGGGGACAUCUUUAAGGGGUUCUGGGUCUUACAAUGCAACUGCCAAUUAUGGAAAUUACAAUUUUGGCAGUAGUGUGCCUCCUGUGUAUCAGUCUUCGUAUUUACAAUAGUUACCUACAAUGCAACUGCCACUAAUGGAAAUCACGAUUUUGGCAGUAGCAUGCCUCCUGCGUAUCAGUCUUGAUGGAAGGUAUUUUCCUGAUUUUCAGGGUUUAUGACUUAGAAAAUCUCGAUGAAAUGAAAAUUAUGCUGCCAAUAUGCAUUUUUGACCGAGCAAUGAAGAAUUGUUUUUAGAGGAUCUGACUAAAUGAUUUUGAUGCAUGUAUUGCCAGAAGUGGGAUGGCUUUCUGAAUAUGGCUCAUAACAGCCAUCUUGGGUAACUAAUUUAGAAUAUGUUCAAAAUAUGCAAGUUAAAAGCAUCAAUUCACAAUUCUGUCAAGAGAUAUAUGGAACUUAGCAUUGAAUGAGAUUAUUUUGCUUGCAUUAAUUUUUCUGAAAGAACUGGUAGGCGACUAAUAGUGAAUCACUACUAGGGUGAUUUUUAUUUGUACUUCCUCUACAUAUGCUCUUUUGUUCUACAAUUUCUUAAACAUCAUAGAUCUCGUGUUGUUUCAAAAACUUUAAUACAUUGAUAAGAAUCUUCUUUGAGAAUA